ACUUUUUAAAUAUUUUUUAUUGUGCAGCUAAAAAAAAUCAAAUUUCAGGGUUUAUGCUCAAACCUCUUGAAACUGGUUUUCGAAUUUGAUGUAUUUGUUUUUGAAUGUACAGUUUCUAGGUUUUAGGUUGUUGCGCUGUUAGUUACUACACUAACUUGAAUUUUAAACUCAAAUUUAAAAAUAGAAAAUUUAGACUAUAUGGAUCCUCUGAUCCUUUGUUUGGUCCUAUUCUGCUUCUUUUGAAGAGAAUUUUCAAUAUAGCGAUGAGAAUUGGGCGUAGGCAUCUCCUAACAGCUCUGUAAGGAGUUAUAAAGCAGCUUGUUUCUCUAUCCUGGCAGUCCUGUAGUAUCCUGCUCGCCGUGCUUGGUGUGCCUGCCGAAUCAAUAAUUGAAAUAUUAGCUGAAACUUUAUUUUUUGGUUGGAGGAAUCUAGAGCAUUAACAAUUACUAAAAGCUGUGUGAGGGAGUUCCAAAGGGGAGACAAUGGACUACAUGAAUGGGCCAGGAAGGAACCAUCUUUUUGUUCCAGGACCUGUCAAUAUCCCGGAACAAGUUAUCCGUGCAAUGAACAGAAACAAUGAGGACUAUCGCUCGUCUGCCAUUCCUGCACUGACAAAGACUCUACUCCAAGAUGUGAAAAAGAUCUUUAAGACUACCAGUGGGACUCCAUUCCUGAUCCCAACUACAGGGACUGGAGCUUGGGAAAGUGCACUUACAAACACUCUGUCUCCUGGUGAUCGGAUUGUGUCUUUCCUUAUCGGGCAGUUCAGUUUGCUGUGGAUUGAUCAGCAGCAGCGUCUCAAUUUCAAUGUUGAUGUGGUCGAGAGUGAAUGGGGACAUGGGGCAAAUCUUGAUGUUUUGGGAUCAAAGGUGGCCGCAGAUUCAGCACAUUCCAUCAAGGCUGUUUGCAUUGUACACAAUGAGACUACAACCGGAGUUACAAACAACUUGGCUAUGGUUAGAAAAUUGCUUGAUCACUAUCACCAUCCAGCUCUCCUUCUUGUUGAUGGUGUGUCCUCCGUUUGUGCAAUUGAUUUCCGGAUGGAUGAAUGGGGUGUUGAUGUGGCAUUAACUGGUUCACAGAAAGCUCUGUCACUUCCUACGGGGAUAGGAAUUGUCUGUGCUAGCCCUAAGGCUCUUGAUGCCUCCAAAACUGCAAAGUCGGUCAGAGUUUUCUUUGACUGGAAUGACUACUUGAAGUUCUACAAGUUAGGGACUUAUUGGCCAUAUACCCCUUCCAUUCAACUUCUUUAUGGGCUGAGAGCAGCUCUAGACCUUAUCUUUGAGGAAGGACUUGACAAUGUGAUAGCAAGGCACAAACGACUGGCUACCGCAACUAGGUUAGCAGUGAAGGCUUGGGGCUUGAAGAACUGCUCCCAGAAGGAAGAAUGGUUCAGUGACACAGUCACCGCUGUAAUUGUUCCUUCAAAUAUUGAUACUACAGAAAUCAUCAAAAGGGCAUGGAAACGAUACAACCUAAGCUUAGGUCUAGGACUCAACAAAGUUGCUGGAAAGGUCUUUAGAAUAGGGCAUCUUGGUCAUUUGAAUGAGUUGCAGUUACUGGGCUGUCUUGCUGGAGUGGAGAUGGUACUAAAAGAUGUUGGUUACCCAGUGAAUCUGGGCAGUGGAGUUGCAGCAGCUUCUUCUUACCUGCAGAGCACCACUCCCAUGAUUCCAUCUAGAAUUUAACUCAAGUGUGUUGUAUAUUUGUUUCUUCAUCUUCCUUACUACGCUCUUGCAAUAUUACAUUCUCCCUUCACUAUUUGAAGCACUUGUUCCUAUGGAGUCACUGUGGUGUAGUGGUAAAUGGUGAAACACUUCCUGCUUGGAGGUGUACUCAUUACUUUCGUAAGAUCCAAAUUUAGACCAUUUCUUCAAGGGAAAAAACUCUUGUUUAUUCUCACUAAUUUUUUGUUACACCUAUGACCUAUCUAGGGAAAAAACUCUUGUUUAUUCU